AUGCGGAGGCGAUCGUCUGGAUCCGCCGAAGAGGAAGAAGGCGACGCCCAUUCACCCUCGAAUGCCGCCGGGAGCUCACCCUUUGACGGAGCAGCAGGGGGCGAGGCGGUAUCGACAUUCAAAACGGAGAGGGAAAGGGAAUCGAGGAAGCUUCAGUCCACCUCUUCCCACCAGGUCAUUCCUCAUAAUACAUCGCACGAGCUGGAUCGACGGAAGAGCACCGACCAGAGACCAUCGUCCGCCCGCAGCAGGCACCCGAGCAGCAGCAAUUGGAAACCUGUAGAUCUGCGCAAUGUUCAAUUAGACAAAAGCCGCCCGAGCGAACCGCCCAUAAUCAGUGUGCCUUUGAACGAGGCUAUUGCUGCUGACAGGAUGUCCGAGGGACGGCAAAAUGCUCGUCGAUCGAAACUUCGAAGUCCGUGGUCAUGCUCCCUCCUCACUCUCGUUACCACCGCGUUGGCCAUGCUCUCGCUAUUCGCCAUAAUACACUCGUUUGCUAGCCGUCAGUUGGAUUCAAAGGGAUGCCGUAUGUCGUAUAUGAGACCUUCGUUUGCCAAGCUCUCCAAUUUCGAUACGGAACAUACGCGCUUUGCCAGCAAAUACUCAGUGUACCUGUAUCGAGAAGGGAUGAUAGACGAGGAUACCAAGGUCAAAGGAGUUCCGGUCCUCUUCAUACCUGGCAAUGCUGGCAGUUACAAGCAGGUUCGCCCCAUCGCAGCAGAGGGGGCGACUUAUUUUCACGAUGUUUUACGGCACGAUUCUACUGCUGUAAAUGCAGGUGCUCGAAACCUAGAUUUCUUUACCGUCGACUUCAACGAAGAUAUAACAGCGUUCCAUGGACAAACAUUGCUAGAUCAAGCGGAAUAUUUGAACGAGGCAGUUGCGUAUAUUUUAUCGUUGUAUCAUGACCCUCGUAGAUCUCAACGAGAUCCGGAUCUACCGGAUCCUACAUCAGUAAUAAUAUUGGGGCAUUCGAUGGGAGGAGUGGUGGCACGAACGAUGCUGGUAAUGCCAAAUUACCAGGCAAAUUCGAUUAAUACAAUCAUUACAAUGUCGGCUCCGCAUGCGCGACCGCCAGUCUCUUUCGAUGCAGAAAUCGUCAAGACAUACAAGAAAAUUAAUGACUACUGGAGGCAGGCUUAUACGCAGAAGUGGGCCAACAACAACCCGCUAUGGCACGUAACCUUGAUAUCCAUAGCUGGAGGCGGUUUGGAUACAGUGGUUCCAUCGGACUAUGCUAGUCUGGAAUCUUUGGUGCCAGAUACACAUGGAUUUACGGUUUUCACUUCCUCUGUCCCGAAUGUUUGGACAAGUAUGGACCACCAAGCCAUUCUCUGGUGCGAUCAAUUCCGGAAGGUUGUGGUUAGAUCUCUCUAUGAUGUGAUUGACGUAAAUCGACCCGCGCAAACAAAACCUCGGGCUGAUAGGAUGAGAAUAUUCAAGAAGUGGUACUUGACGGGGAUGGAAAGUAUUGCUGAGAAGACAUUGUCUCAGAAAGAGCCAACGACUCUUCUCACGCUGGAGGACAACUCAAAUUCGAUCAUUGCUCAAGGGGAACGUUUGACUCUCCGGAAGUUUGGGCAGUCCCGCAAGCCUCGCGCACAUCUGCUCCCUGUGCCUCCUCAAGGUACUCCUGGUGGCAAGCGUUUCACGCUUUUGACGGACCAGAAAAUUGACAACCCAGGCGACGCUGGGAAUUUGGAGGUCUUGUUCUGUAGUGUGUUUCCUCUACAUCCUGGACAGUCAGCAACUCUUUUCUCGAUGAAUAUGGAUCUCUCUGGAGAUAGUUCUGGGUCUACAAGGUUGGCGUGCAAGAACGCUGCCUCCGAUGUCAUAUUGUUGCCUGCGUCGACAAGGAGUACAAAGAAGCCGUUCUAUUUGGACGAGGAAGACGAAGUUCUCCCAUUUUCUUACCUGCAGUAUGAUUUGGAAGAUAUUUUGGACCAUCAAUUCGUUGCAAUCGUCGACAAGGCUAUAAAUCCGGCCCCAGGAUGGGUGACUGCGGAGUUUAGCGAUAAUGUGCAGUCACACCGAGUUCGAUCCUUGGGUCUUCGACGAUUGCUUGCAUUUGGGAUGAAGAUUAAGCUUCCUCCAAAUCGACCAAUGGUAACUGAGGUCAAAAUUCCUGCAUUGCACUCAAGCUUGUUGGCAUACAAUUUGGAGAUGGGCAAUCAAGUCUGUGGGGAAGAAGCGGAGCUUUUCACACCCCUGCUUCGACAAUACAUCUCGACACCUUACGAGUCCAAAUAUUUCGUGAACGUCAAGCAAGCCCACAUCAACCUUCACGGAGUUUCUCCCUAUAUGCCACCCGCCCUCAAGCACAAGAGUUUACAAGACGGGCUCAGCCUUCAGUUUUGGACCGAUCCUACGUGCAAUUCUAGCGUCAAAAUAUCGCUAAAGGUCGAUGUUCCGGGCAGCUUUGGGAAGCUGUAUAUGCGAUAUAGAACAGUUUUUGCUGCAUUUCCUCUACUUGUAGUUGCUCUUGUUUUGAGGAAGCAGUUCAGAGUAUAUGAUGAUACGGGCAUUUUCAUGGCUUUCACAGAGAGUCUUGACUUGUGCCUACGCCAAUCUCUGCCUUUGGUGCUUGCCGCCCUGACAUGUUUGGCAUUGUCAUUUGCUCAAUCAAGCUCGGCACCACCGCCAACUACUUCUAGUGGAUUUUGGUGGUGGCGAGGAAAUGCAACGGAAACACAGGUUGAUUUUACCAAGAAUGACCUACUAGUGGGAUCGCAGGAUCCCUUUUUCUGGUUCAUGGUUCCAUUAAUAGGACUAGUAUGUGUGGGAGUUGUUGUGAUGAUCAAUUAUGCAACACUGGCUAUCACGCAGGUGUUCAGCUUCUUGUACAGUUGGUUAAGCGUGAAGCCUGCAUGGCUACGAAAUGAGGACAAACGGAGAGCUGCCUCCCCAGCUUUCGCCCCAUCAACCCCUCGAAGGCGCAUUCUGACGACUGCCAUCUUACUGUUCCUGGUGUCAACCGUCAUUCCAUACCAAUUUGCCUACCUUGUUGCCUGCUUGGUUCAAAUAGCGACUUGCACACGCGCACUCCGUUUCGCCAGGGAGGCCCGCUCGAAUACGAACUACAACUUUUACAACUACGCCCAUUCUAUUCUCAUCCUCAUGCUAUGGAUUCUCCCAAUCAACCUACCGAUCCUUGUGGUGUGGAUACACAACCUUGCCGUCCACUGGUUGACUCCUUUCUCGUCUCACCACAACCGGCAAAUGGUUCCCAGAGUGACCUCCCGCCUCCGUCAUCUUACGAGUGUCCUUUUCUUCUUCAUCGCCAUCUAUGCUGCCGUAUAUGGAGUAACCUACGCCUACAUGCUCCACUACCUCGUCAAUUUUGCCGCAGCAUGGCUCGUAGCAAUACACUCUUCAACCUCCUCAUGGACACUCGCAGGCUUCAGCACCAUGUUCGAAUCCGACAGUAAUGAUGCUACGCGCAAACGCGGGAAAACACCCUGA